UCUGUUUGAUGAUUCAUAAACAUGCGUCGGCAAGUGGAAGACUGCCUAUGAGAGAGAGAGAGACCGGCUCCCCGGACAGGAUUUUGGACUCAUCACAUGGAAGGGUUUGUUUUACCUCAGAGAAUACCCGUUUGAAAUGGCAACCUUCAAACUGAAAUUAUUUGGCUUGCUGUACUUUGUACAGGGAAUUCCUUAUGGAUUACAAUCCAAUUUAUUACCAAUUUACCUCAGAACUAUUGGACUUUCAUUUAGCAAAAUUGGUUUGAUCAAAUUGUUGUAUUUCCCAUGGCUACUUAAGAUACUCUGGGCUCCAUUUGUGGAUCAGUAUGGGACAAAGCAGAAAUGGCUGCUGUCUAGCAUGUUUGGACUCUUCUUGUGUUGUUUAAUAAUGUCGAGACUGCAUCCAAAGACUGAUUUCCCAACUAUGGCCUUCAUCUUGCUGCUGUUGAACUUCUUUACUUCAGUUCAAGAUAUUGCUGUUGAUGGCAUGGCAGUACGAUUGCUCAGUAAUGAGGAAGUUGGCUAUGGCAACACCAUCCAAGUUGUGGGUUAUAAGACAGGCUCUCUCGUUGCAGGAGCAGGAUUUUUGACAGUGAUGGACUAUAUUAGCUGGGAUAUGCUUUUCAUAACAAUCGCCGUUAUCUAUGUGGUAGCUAUAAUUUGCUCUUGUUUCACUCCUGAACCCCCAAGAACCUCUGAAUCAGAAGCUAGAUUGCCUGUGCUGAACCCCCGUGAAAUAUUGAAAGAAGUACUUCGAGUGCCUGGAACAAUUUGGACUCUAAUUUACGUCAUCAUUUACAAAUUAGGAGAACAGGGUGCUGUGAGCAUGUUUCCACUGUUUUUACUGGAACACAGUUUUUCUGCGGCAGAGCUGGGCUUCUGGAAUGGGAUAGUUGCGAUGGGAUUUUCUAUUUUUGGAUCAUGCCUUGGUGGCAUAGUAAUGCAAAAGUAUAAUGUUUUUUCACUUAUUAUGGUUCUGUUUUUGAUGCGCUUUGGAAAUCUGAGCUUCCAGACAUUACUUCUCCUUCUGUUUCAAAGUGAAUCCUUGGUAAUGAAAGGUGCAGCUGUGCUAAGUAUUAUUUUACAGCAUCUUCUCAGUGGAUUGAUAACAACAUUGACAUUUAGUAUCAUGAUGUUGUGCACCCAGAAGGCUGAGGAAAGAAUACAGGCCACCCAUUACACAUUUCUGGCAAGUUUUGAAGUCUUGGGGAAACUCGCUUUCAGCGCCAUUGUUGGUUUACUUGUGGAUAGGAUUGGUUUUCCUUUUAGUUUUUGCAUAUUUGUGCUGCUGUCAUGUUUAGCUAUUCUCCAUGUUUUGAAGCCACCAGAUUUGCUACCUGAGCAGAAAAAAGAAUAAAGUGUGAAUGAUCUGCAAUGUGAUUUAAAACUAUCUGCAUGUUGUCUCCUGAAGUAAAUUUAACUUGUGGGCUUAUAAAACUACAGGGAGAAUUCUAACCCACCUGGCACCAGUGGGAACAAAGGGGAGCUCACUUGAUAUAACUGAGCUAAAACUCCUGAUUGAUUCCCUCCACCGUUAUCUUAAUUGGUCCCUUUUUUCAGCAACUAAAAUACCCACUUGACUUGGGUAGGAGCCAUUAAUAAUUUAGGCUGUGGGGUCCUAUGAUGUCAUUAGGAUCUUUAAAGGCCUUAUUGAGAGGAAGGAUAAUGAGAUGCUCAAUUCUAAGUUUAAAAACUUUCCUUAGAGGGACCAGGAUCAGCAGGAGUCCUCUGAGCCCCAGGGCUUUUACCCAGGCUCAUACAAUUCAUACAAUUGCUCCCUCGCGAGGGAAUUAGCUUGAUGUUGGUGUGCAGCCUCAGGGCCCCAAUGUUUUGAUCCCCCUAAAACCAGCCUCUGUUACCUCCAUUGGGAUACAGAUGUGGCCCAGAAAUUAAGAUAGCCCAGGCUUCAAAUUGAUUGUCAAGCAAGUUUGUUCCCUUUCUUGCGACGACUUCGUUGUUGCUAAGUUAUCAGCCUGCUUAUCUGACAUCCAGUACAUUGGCUGAGCAGAAAUUUCCUCCAGUUAAAUACUGCUAAGAAUGAAGCCAUUAUUUUCCAUCCCCACUCCAAACUCCAUUCCCUGGCUACCAACUCCAUCCCUCUCCUUGGCAACAGUCUGAAGUUAAGCCAGUAUUCUCAUUACCUUGAUAUCACAUUUAACCCUGAGAUUAGUUCCUGACCUUAUAUUUGUGCCAUCACUAAGAUCACCUGUUUCUCCUUCUGUAACAUUGCUUGACUUCACCCCUGUCUGAUCUCAUGUACUGCUGAAACCUAUUCAUCCCUUUGUUACUUUGAGAUUCAGCUAUUCUAAUACACUCCUGACUGGUGUCCCGCGCACUACCCUCCGUAAACUUGAGGUCGUCAAAAACCCUGCUACUCGUAUUGUAAAUUAUAGCAGGUCCCAUUCCCCUAACACCCCUGUGCUUGCUGACCUACAUUAGCUCCCGGUCAAGCAAUGUCUUGAGUUGAAAAUUCGGUCCUUCUUUUCAAAUCCUUUCUGCCUCACCCCUCCCUAUUUCUGUAAUCACCUCCAGCCCUACAAGUCUUUGAAAUAUCUGCACUCCUCUAAUUCUGGCUUCUUGUACAUCCCCAAAUUUAAUUGCUGCACCUUUGGUGGGUGUUCCUUCAGAUGCCUAGGUCUCAAGCUCUGGAAUAUCGUCCCUACACCUCUUCACCUCAUUACCUCACUGUCAAGACACUCCUUAAAUCCACCUCUUAAGCUUUUGGUCAUUUGGCCUCAUAUCUAUUUCUGUGGCUUUGUGUCAAUCCUUGUUUUACAAUACUCUGGUAUAGUGCUCUGGGACGUUUAAAGGUGCUAUAUAAAUAUAAGUUUCUCUUGUUGCUCCAUUGUUUGAAAAUGCCUCACUCUGGUUAACCCAAGAAACAACAGAAGUUCUGAAAUCUGCUCAGUAUUGAAUAUCUGCCAGGGUUACAGAGCUCACUGGAGUGACAUCUUUAACAUCUGUCUGUCAUUAAAUGUAAAGUGGCCAGCAACACAGGAUUACCGCCAAGCUCUCCAGAGAACAUGCCAGUUUGAAAAAUAUGGGCAUACAUAGAAAGAUGAUUGAAGAUCAAAGGGAAACAUUUUGUAGAAGAUCAGUCCAAAGCUGAUAACUCUGUUUCUGGCCUCUUUAUUGUAUAAAAACUGGACCAAAAGUAAAGGCUAAUCACAUGGUCUGUGUGUAACAUUUAUUUAAUUAUUUGUAUAAGGAUAAUGACAUCAUAUUCUAAUUUGUUUUCCUCCCUAAAAUAUGAAAAUGUUCUAUCACUAAAGAUUUAAGAUAAUAAAUAAUUUUUGCAAGUU